UGACCGUAUUGGAUAUGGGCACCAGCACUCAGGGCAACGCAAUCAAGGGCGUCAAGCUGACCAGCAAUAAUAAUAACAAGGCCAUCUUUAUUGAGAGUGGAAUUCAUGCCAGGGAGUGGAUUGCCCCAGCCGCUGCCACCUAUAUCAUCAACCAGCUUCUGACCUCCCAAGAUCCGAAUGUGCAGAAACUGGCCAACGAGUACAACUGGAUUAUCUUCCCCUGCGUCAAUCCAGAUGGCUACAAGUACACAUUCGAGCACGACCGAAUGUGGCGCAAGAACCGUCAGCUGUUUGGAACCUGCCGUGGGGUUGAUCUGAACAGGAACUACCCGGACAACUGGAACUCGACGGGAUCCAGCAGCGACCCCACCCGCUACGAUUAUGCUGGACCCUCCGCUGGAAGCGAACUGGAGACCCAGCGCUUGAUUGAGUUCAUUCGCGCAAAUGUGGGCAAAGAGCAAAUAAAGACAUACAUUGCUCUUCAUUCCUACUCUCAAAUGCUAAUGUUCCCAUAUGGUUACACCAAAGAGCGGGUGUCCAACUACGAUGACCUGCAGGAGUUUGGUAAGAAGGCAUCGGCAGCAAUCAAGGCCGAGAGCGGUAGGGAUUACGUGAGUGGUAGCCUGUAUGAGACCAUAUACCCGUCGAGUGGCGGCAGCAUGGAUUGGGCGCAUGCAGAAGCCGGUAUUCCGAUUGCCUACACCUUCGAGCUGCGUGGUCCACCAGAUAGCCAAGACUUGUUCAUCCUGCCCGCUGUGCAAAUCCAGCCCACUGCCAGCGAAGCCUUCACUGCCAUUCGUACCAUCGUGGAGGCGGCAGCAGAGAAGGGCUACUACAAGUAAGCACAAUAAUGUUCGGAAGUAAUCAUUUUCUACGUUCAACGGUUUAUAAACCUUAUCUUUAUAAAAAUAAACAGACAUAAAAGCAAAA